AUGAGUGAUCUAGAUAGAGCGAUCGCGCAACUACGCGCUUGCCGCCUGAUCCCCGAGUCCCAAGUCCGCGAACUCUGCUACAAGGCGCGAGAGCUGCUCAUCGAAGAAGGCAAUGUGGUGUGCGUGGACGCGCCCGUCACGAUCUGUGGCGACAUCCACGGCCAGUUCCACGACCUAAUGGAGCUGUUCCGCGUGGGCGGCGAUGUGCCCGACACCAACUACCUGUUCAUGGGCGACUUCGUCGACCGCGGCUUCUACUCGCUCGAGUCCUUCCUCCUCCUCCUGUGCCUCAAGGUCCGGUACCCCGACCGCAUCACGCUGAUUCGCGGCAACCACGAGUCGCGCCAGAUCACCACGGUGUACGGCUUCUACGACGAGUGUAUCCGGAAAUACGGCAGCGCCAACGUCUGGCGGUACUGCUGCGAGGUGUUCGACUACCUGGCGCUGGGGGCGCUGGUGCUGGGCGCCAGCUCGGGCUUGGAGCCGACCGGCCCCGCGCUGGAGACCACGUCGUCGACCAUGUCGCUGGACGACAGCGAGCUGGAGACCGAGGUGCUGAACUCGCGCGGCGAGGUGACGAUGAGCACCUACCGACCCAAACAACCCCGCACCACCUCGCCCCUCCUCCCCUCCCUCUCCCAAGCCCAACCCGCCACGUCGUCGUCGGCCAACCCAACGUCCUCCUCCAUGCCCCCCAUGCGAUCCGGCUGGGCAGGGACCGGCGCCACGAGCGACUCCUCAGGCAGUUACUCGACGGGCACGGGGGCCGUCCUCUGCGUGCACGGGGGACUCUCGCCCCUCAUCGACAGUGUCGACAAGAUCCGACUCAUCGACCGCAAACAGGAAGUGCCGCACGAGGGCGCGAUGUGCGACCUCCUGUGGUCGGACCCUGACGAGAUCGACGGCUGGGGCCUCAGCCCGCGCGGCGCAGGAUUCCUGUUCGGAGGCGACAUCGUGAAGCACUUCAACUACAAGAACGACCUGUCGCUGAUCGCGCGCGCCCACCAGCUCGUCAUGGAGGGGUACAAGGAGAUGUUCGACGGCGGCAUCGUGACGGUGUGGUCGGCGCCCAACUACUGCUACCGCUGCGGCAACGUCGCCUCGAUCCUGGAACUCGGCGAGGACGCCAGCAACGGGGGCACCGUCUCCCGCAGCAACGGCGACUACAACCGCAGUAACGGCGGUGCAGCAGCUGCAGCAGCCGUGGUUCGAAGCCCCGGAAGACGGUACCGGGUGUUCGAGGCUGCCGCGCAGGACACGAGAGGGAUGCCCGCGAAGAAGCCUGUAGCCGAUUAUUUCCUGACACAACACCCAUACAAUACACACAAUACACCACCACCAACCGCAUCACAUCGCAAACCCAUGCAUUUCUGCCUUGGACCUAGCCUAGCCUAG